AUGAAGACUCGGGCCUGCUACCAGCCCCGUCUCCUAAAAGGGAAAAAGAAAUGGUUUUUGUGGGCCCUCAGUGGCUUCCUCUUCCUGUUCUCAGUGGCCAUGACUGGCUGCUUCCUAUGGCAGUACCACCUCCCCAAGCUGCAGAGCGGUUCCUUGAAGCCAGAGGUGACCCCAGCCCCGGUGAAGAUGUGUCCCCGGCACCCUGAGCUUGUGCCUCUGGCUCACCCCCUCCCGGUGCUGAAGGAGGCCUUGGAGAAGGUGGAUGGAAUUCUGCGCAAGGCAAUGCUGGCCCCAGGCCUGGCUGCCAUGUCCGCUCUUGUCAUCCACAACGACACCGUGCUCUGGACUGGGAACUUCGGAAGGAAGAAUGGCUCAGAUCCAAAUUCUGGAACCCCUAAUGAGUAUACUAUGUACCGGAUUGCCAGCAUCUCCAAGAUCUUCCCCGUGCUUAUGCUGUAUCGCCUGUGGGAGGAGGGCAUCGUGGCCUCCCUGGACGACCCUCUGGAGCGUUAUGCCAGCACCUUCUCCAUCAACAACCCGCUGGGCAAGGCCCAAGACCCAGAACCACAGGGCCCAAUGGGGGAGUUUGAAGAGAUGGGCUCCCUCCCGAGGCCUUCUUCUGUCACCCUGCGGAGGAUGGCCAGUCAGCUGUCAGGACUUCCCCGAAGGCUGCGGGGCACUUCGCUGCUGUGGAGAGGCAGCACCCAGGAGGCUCUGAGCCUGCUCAGGGAUGAUGUCCUGGUGGCUGACCCAGGAACCAGAUGCCACUACAGCACACUGGCCUUCUCGCUCCUGGCCCAUGUGCUGGCUGCGCACGCGGCACAGGGCGACUACGAACGCUGGGUAUCUGAGCAAGUCCUGGAGCCGCUGGGGAUGAGCGACACUGGCUUUGCACUGACCGGAGCGGUGCGCUCUCGCCUGGCUGCCGGCUUCUACGGCAGCGGCCGGUCCGCGCCGCUGUAUGAUCUGGGCUGGUACCGGCCAUCCGGCCAGAUGUACUCAACGGCUGCAGACCUGGCCAGGCUGGCGGCCGCGCUACUGGGUGCAGGGCCCCGACGGCUGCUGCGGCCCGACAACCUGGCCACACUGCUGUCACCGCUGCGUGCCUGUGCCCACGGCUACUUCGCUCGCGAAACCGGCACACCUUGGGAGUUCCACGAGCGGCGCGGAUACCGAGUGGCGCGCAAGGACGGCGACCUGGAUGGCUACGCCGCCAGCCUGGCACUCGUGCCACCGCUGCGCUUAGGGUUUGUGCUGUUGCUGGCUGGGCCGCGCCCACCCACGCGCGACCUGGUAGCCGACGCUCUGGACACGCUGCUGCCUGCUCUGGAGCGCGCGUUGCGCGAUGCUGACCGCGCCCCCGCGCCCCCGCCCCGCGCGCGCCCGUUCUCUGGCUUCUUCACCUUCGCCAAUCGCACCUUCUACGAGGUGCGUGCCGCCGGGCCGCGGGGCGAGCUGCGCUUGCGCCAGUUUGGGCCGCGCGUGGAGGCGCUGGUGCCUGCUGCCUUCCGAUCGCUCGCCCUGCGCCACGUGCGCGGGCGCGUCUUCCAGCUGCACGUGGCGCGCGAGUUCCCAUGCACGCUGCCGCUCGCAGAUGCCUGGCUGUCUCUGGAGGCGCAGCACGGGCAGCUGGUGCGUUUCUACCCGCUGGAUCGCCACGGGCUGGCGCCAGGCUUCGACGUGCCGGGACUCAACACUUACGGCGUGCUACGCUUGCAACGCAGGCCGGUGUUCGGCUCCCAGUAA